CAAGUAAUCCGAUCCCACUGGGUAUGCAAUCCAUCAGGUCGACCAGAUGGAUUUAGAGGUGUAGAUUGGCUUGUUGAGCGAAACAAUCUGUAUACAAAGGCAGUGACUCACUUACCUCAGGUCAUCAUUGGUGGCUCAAGCUCGAACAGGACACUUACCCACAUUAUCAACCAGUCUUCGCUGAUAGAGACCUACCGAAUGGUACAUGUCAAUAUAGAACAGAACUUCUAUAUCAAGCACCGGGGUACACAACAUGCCCCGGCAAAAAUGGAAGUCAUGCUUCAAAUGCUUCAAGAGCGAAUAAGAGGACCACAUACUAUG